AUGCGGCAACGGCCAGAGAAGACAGGGAGACGGAGGCGGAGAGACGACGCAACCGUGCAUCUUCCAAUUAUCCACUGUGCAGCCGCCGCUCGUUCGCCGCGCCUCCUCCAUCUCAGGCCCGCCGUUCUUCCGCCGUAUACCUUCACAAACCCGCUGCCGUGCAUCUGCCAUUCGUCCGCCGCUCAGGCCUCCUCCGUACACAUUCCCAAGCCGCUGCCGUGCAUCAGACAUGAUUAUAUCAAUUUCGCCAUCUCAGACUUCCUCUGCCUACCUUCACCAUCCCGCCGUCGUGCAUCCGUCGCCCUCCGUCGUGCAUCAGUAGCCGCGAAAUAUGAAACUCCGGUAAGAAAGCUGACGAGUAGGUUGUUGACAACCAGUCUCGGCGAAGUCCUCCUGCACAACUCCUCAGUGCCGCCCAUUCUCGUCGGCGUCGAACCUCUGGUCACGAGAAUUUGGCCGUCUGGUCUAGGUGGCGGGGACUGGUUGAAUUCCAGCGUGCUGCGACUUGCGCGGUGGCAGACCUGCGCGGAGGCGUCCUCGGUGAGUUCAGGGUGUGGGCGGUGGUUGUGGGUGAUGCUGGGUGGCUCUGGCCGGAGCGCCGGUGGGAAGGUCGGCGACGAACGAGGUGGUGGCAGACAAGGGGGACGAUUUGUGUGUGUAUUAGGUAUCUGUGGACAACCGAUUGGGCGAACGAGGUGGUCGGCGGCGAGUGGUGGUUCGGCUGCCGACGGACAAUCGUUUGGACUCUCUGAGGUGGCUUCUCGCCGGUGGUCGUUGUUCGCCGACGGCAGAUUGAGAUAUAGCGACGGGCUGAGAGACAGAGAUAUGUGUGUCGAUUUGCUCUGUGUGCGUGUGUGUGUGUGUGAGAGAGAGAGAGAGAGAGAGAGAGAGGUACGGUGGUGGGGUGGUUGGGUUGGCAGGUUUAUUAAUGUGGAAUGA